AUGAAAGCUACCAUCAAUAGAGAACAUGUACACAACGGCGAAAAACACGUCGAUCAUCAAAUUCUGCAAUUGACUGGGGCGACAACUUGUUUUUAUCAGCCAACGACGAGUAGAUUUGGAGAAAUCGCCCCAUCAAAAUCACCUAUGGGACAAUUAAUGCAUCCUUACUAUAACGCCGAACAUAGAUCAGUUUUGAAUCGCUCGUUUUCAAAUCCGGAAAUCCCAACAUCAAGCUUUUCGAAUUAUGUUCUGGGCACGGCGGAAGUAGAAGCAGAUUUGAAACAAGAGGAUAUUUGCGAAAUGUCGAGUUCGGAAAAUAAUAAAAGCAUGGAAAGUUUCACCGAUUCUGUCGAUGUUGGAAUUGACGUAGCAAAUGCUCCAGAAGAUUUUAUAUUUGUUGAUAAGGGAUCAAUAGCGAUGGGCAGUUUCAAACAAAAAGAUCAAAGCGGAAAUAGCAGUCCACUUCCGGGAGAGACGGACAAAUUGAUAAAUCGAACAUCUAAGAAUACUCCAACGUCCGAGAAAAAUGAUACUUCAUACACAUUGGAUACAGUUGUUUCGCUUGUGCGAAAUGUUCCUGCUAUCCUAAAUAAAUGGCUCAAAAAGCCAUGGUACGCUAGCCGAUCUGACGAAGUUUGUACAUUCCCAUACAUGGUUUUAUCCCAAUAUAAGAUUAUCCCCACCGAUAUUGAUAAUGAUAAGUUUCUUAUUGCAAUUUGGGAUGGCGAAGACAAUAGAGUUGACGAAUUUUUCCAUCUAACAUAUGCUCCGUUCGGAUUUUAUGAGACUAACGAAAAAAACGACUACAAUGAUUCGACGAAGAAACCCGUUUGCUUCAGCCUUUAUCGAGCGACCGAUAAAAAAGAAAUCAUGGACCUUUUACAUCUUUGUGACAAAAAGACUUAUCUUUUUGAAACAACAGAUCCUCAUCAAGUUGGAGCUAAAACCAAAUUUGAAGAACUAUUAUCACAAAUUCGAUCCAAACCGCAUUAUCAAUUGAUACAUCUCGCCAUAGCUUCAGACCGUUUAGACUUUUUCUCGGAUGAAUCUAUCGUUCGAUUGAAUGCAACAAACGAACCAUUCAAAAACCAGCUUCGUUCAUUGUGCAAUACGGAAAACUGUUAUCCGGUUCAUUUGGCUGUUGCCAUGAAUCGCAUUAAAAUUGUGGAGCGUCUUCUCGAAUUGGAACCCCAACUUUUCACUGAAACCGAUACCCUUGGAAAUAAUGUUUGGCAUCACGUUUCAAGCGCUACUUGUGCAGUGGCAAUUUGGGAUAAAUGUGCCGAUACACAUCGUUUCAUUGACGAGCGUAACAAUGAAGGACAAACACCAUUGACUGAAGCCGUUAGCAAUGCGAAACCUUUAGUGACGACAUUUUUGAUCAGAAAAGGAGCCAAAUUUGGAAGAGGGGAGAGAAAUGAAUUGUUCUUAGCAAUGCUGUCUAAAAAUGCGCAAAGUGUUGUUGAAGUGGUGCUUGCCACUAAGCCGGAAAUUGUGCACGAAAGGGAUAGUUUGGGAAAUAGUGCGAUACAUGUUGCAUGCUACAAGGAAUCUCUAAACGCGCUUCUCCACAAAAAGAAUGAACUCGGUUUGAAUAUUGAUCUGAAAAAUAAUGUUGGAGAAACAGCGUUGCUGGUUUAUAUGAGUUCUAAAAAGCCCGAUCUUCUUCCGCUUUUGGUAACUUUGUAUGCUCAUGGUGCUGAUUUAAACGCUACUGAUCCUCAUGGAAACACAGCACUUCAUAAAGCUGCAGCUCUUGUUGAAGCAAAGAAGAUAAACAUGGAUUGCGUUAAAUUCCUUAUUUCUGCUGGAGCAGAUCCGAACAAAGUAAACGAAAGAGGAGAGUCGCCUAGACAUUUAGCGGCUGGUUUGCAAAAUCAUGAUAUGCUCAAAAUUCUGAAAGUUGCCGGUGCAAAAAGAUGCCCUCGUGGAUAUAGAGGUUGUCGAAGUGAAUGCAGAAGUCGCGCUGUCGAUCAACCGACUAGUGACGAAGAGAAUGACGAAUUCCUCAAGACGGUUGUUAUAGGAACUGCUGAAGAUUAUGAAAAGACCGAGCUAACAGAUGCAGAAAAUCUUAAUAACAAAAAGGUUCUGAGCUCUCCAAGGAAAGGCAAACGAUCUCGAAUCAAUCUGAUCUCCUUCGAUGGAGGUGGCAUUAGAGGACUUGUGAUCAUUCAAACGCUCAUUGCAAUUGAAGAAGCUCUUGGUGAACCAAUAUUCAAAUACUUUGACUGGGCUGCCGGUACAUCAACAGGUUCAUUGAUAAUGGCUGGAUUAGCAUGCGGUAAAAGUUUGCGUCAAAUGCAGCAGACCUACCUUCUUUUGAAAGAUCGCGUUUUUGAUGGAUAUAUUCCACCAUUCGAUACGUUACAAUUGGAAAAGUUCAUACAAGACGAAUUUGGAAUGGCAGCUGUGAGUGCUAUUAAAUAUCCAAGAUUGAUGAUCAGCGCUGUUAAUUCGGAAAAGCUCCCGGUUCGAUUGGAAAUGGCUAGAAAUUACAAGUCUCCCGAUCCCAAAGACAAGGAAACGCCGAAAGAUCUUCCGCUUUGGAUGGCUCUUCGCAGAUCUACGGCUGCUCCAGUGUUGUUCAAACCAUCAGAGGACCGUUACAUUGACGGUGGAAUUAUUUCCAAUAACCCUGCGUUAGACUUAAUGAGCGAAGUUCAUGAAUACAAUCGUCGCCUCCAAAUGUCGCAGCGCGAGAGUCAUAUGGUCCAGCUCAAUUGUAUUGUUUCAUUUGGAACUGGUCAAAUUCCAUGUACAACUAUUGACACGUUGUCUAUCGAUACGAAUUCUCCACUGCAAACCAUCAAAACAAUUAAAAAUCUUGCUGCCAUGUUUAUAGAUCAAGCGACUGCCUCCGAAGGAGCUCCAGUCGUUCGAUCUCGCCAAUGGGCUGAUUCGUUGGAGACCCCGUUCUUCCGAUUUUCCGCUCCAUUAUCAAAGAACAUCUUCCUUUCUUCCACAAGUGACCAAGACGUGUGCACAAUGAUGUGGGAUUCAUACAUAUACUGUCGCAAACAUCGUGAUUAUAUUAAGAGUUUGAUUUCUAUUUUAAGGCAUGACGCAAGCCAUCCGUUGCAAUCGAGUCCAUUCAUUGAUCUUUGA